AUGCCUCCAAAGAAAGCUACCGGCGCUGCCACCAAGAAGGCCGCCCCCAGCCAUGCCUCCUAUCGCGAUAUGAUCAAGGAUGCUAUCCUUAAUUUGAAAGAACGCAAUGGUAGCAGCCGUCAGUCGCUCAAGAAGUAUGUGCAAUCAAACAACAAGAUCACCGUCACGUCGCAGGCCGCCUUCGACUCUCAGUUCAACAAGGCCAUCAAGGCUGGUGUUGAGAAGGGAGAGUUCAGCCAGCCAAAGGGACCCUCUGGCCCCGUGAAGCUUGCCAAGAAGGAGCCGGCCAAACCUGCUGCCAAGAAGCCUGCUGCUCCCAAGGCCGCCGCCGCCACCACCACAACCAAGAAGCCUGCUGCCAAGAAGCCUGCUGCUGCUAAGCCUGCAAAGAAGGCUACUGCCACCAAGAAGACUGUCGCCAAACCCAAGGCAAACACUGCCAAGCCGCGUAAGACCUCGACAGCAGCUCCUGCUGUCGUCGACCAGCCCAAGGUCAUCACCAAGACCAAGUCCGGACGCGUGACAAAAACAGCGGCCAAGCCCGCUGUCAAGAAGGCCGCGCCGAAGAAAGCGGCCACUCCCAAGAAGAAGGCCGCAGCAUAA